CAGCUGGUGUGGCAGUCCAGCACAUUUUAGAUGAAGAGCAAAGUUAGCCCGUCUAUUUCAACAGUCAUUCUUCUGGUUCCGUGUAAGAAGCACCUUCCACCAUGCGGUUCUUCAUGCUUGCAAUGGCGCUGUGCUACGCCUCUGCACGUAAUAUCACUUCGAAUCCCAACACCAGAUACAUACAGGGAAAUAAUACUGAUGAAAAAGAAGCUAUUAGUUUCCUAUCGGCGUACGACCGUGAAGCAAGCGCAAUGUGUAACAAUGUUAUGAACACUCAAUGGGAUUUCAACACUAACAUAACCGAGGCAACUAAACAGCGAAUGUUGGAAACUCAGUUAGAGUACGCCAAGUUCCAGAAGGACGUUUGGGCAACGGCCACGACGUUUAAAUGGAAAACUUUCCGCGAUCCCAGCAUCCGUCGCCAAUUCAAGGUCCUGUCCGUCCUUGGAAGAGCAGCCUUAUCCGAAGAAAAACUCAAAGAGAUUCAACAACUCUUGGCAGAUAUGCGGGAUAUUUAUAGCCGGAAUCGGGUUUGCCCUUAUGUCAAACCGCCCAAGAAUACAUCGCUCCCAAUCCGUCCGGAAUCCAUUAAAUGCAACCUUGCGCUAGAUCCGGAUUUGACCCGUAUAAUGGCCAAAUCUAAAGAUAUAAACGAAUUAACACAUAUGUGGACCCAGUGGCAUGAUGAGACAGGACGCCCGCUAAGGUCCAAAUUCAUACGCUACGUGGAACUCUCCAACGAAGCCGCUCGUUUAAACGGUUUUAAAGACACUGGGGAUCAAUGGAGAGCCUCGUAUGACAUUGAAGACUUCAACUCUGAGCUCGAGGAAUUGUGGAUGGGAUUACGGCCACUUUACCAGCAGCUCCAUGCCUACGUCCGGCGAAGGUUACAUUUCCAAUAUGGAAAAAUUGUACCUCUGGAUGGACCGAUCCCUGCACAUCUAUUGGGCAAUAUGUGGGCUCAGUCAUGGAGCAAUCUAUACGAGACAACGGUUCCAUUUCCAAAUAAAAAUAGCAUGGACGUCACCCUGAGUCUUAAGCGUCAAGGCUAUGAUCCGGUGCGGAUGUUCCAACUGGCUGAUCAAUUCUUUGUUUCGCUUGGCAUGAAAUCCGUUCCAGACUCGUUCUGGACGGAUUCCAUGUUGGAGAAACCGCUAGAUCGCGAAGUAGUCUGCCAUGCGUCCGCCUGGGACUUUUGUAACGGACGUGACUUCCGCAUAAAACAAUGCACAGAAAUCACAAUGGAAGAUUUGACCACUGCCCACCAUGAGCUCGGACACAUCCAAUAUUACAUGCAAUACGUGAAUCAACCGUUAGCCUUCAGGGAGGGAGCCAACCCAGGUUUUCAUGAGGCAAUCGGAGAUGUCAUCGCGUUGUCAGUCUCAACACCCAAACAUAUGCAAAAAAUAGGUUUGCUGGAUAAUGCAACAGACGAUCUAGAAGUCGACAUCAACCAUCUUUAUUCUAUGGCUCUGGACAAAAUUGCUUUUCUGCCUUUUGGCUAUUUGUUGGAUCAGUGGCGCUGGAAGGUAUUUAGUGGCGAAAUUCCUUUCGAUCAAAUGAACAAAGUUUGGUGGGACCUCCGACUGCGUUAUCAGGGCGUUGCUCCCCCAGUAAAUCGAACUGAGCACGAUUUUGAUCCGGGAGCAAAAUAUCACGUUCCGGCCAACACGCCGUAUAUCAGAUAUUUCGUCAGUUUCGUGCUUCAGUUUCAGUUGCAUAAGGUGUUAUGCGAAGCAUCCGGUCAUGUGGGUCCUUUGCACAAAUGCGAUAUUUAUCAGUCAAGAGAGGCCGGGAAAUUAUUAGCGGAAUUGCUAAAGUUGGGUUCAUCUAAACCAUGGCCUGAUGCCAUCCGAAUUCUUACUCGCGGUCGAACCAGCAGAAUGGAUCCCGGUGCAAUCUUGGAAUAUUUUGAACCGUUGAUUGAAUGGCUGAAAAAACAGAAUGUUGAAGAAAAAGCUGGGUGGAGAGGCAUGAACAGCGGAAUCUUAAUCAAAACCACCUGGAUUGCUGCGCUGCUACCGCUCAUUACUUUGGUAUUCGCAAGAUUGUGGUAGUGGAUUGGUUUUCCUUCUUGGGUCUUUCAACGGUUGUGGUCAUUAACUUUUCGUGCUAACCCAAAAUUCUUCACCACAUUCGAACCAAGUUUUUCUGAUAUUUUACGGUUCCCUGUGCGAACUGUUCCUGUACAGAAUUCAUUUAUAAUUUCUGAAAUUAAUUUAAAUUCCUCACAUUGAAAUAUUCCUGUUUAUUGUUAUGAUCCCAUUGUCCAGCGUACGAGCUACACCUAAUAUACCAGACCGUUGGCUCGCU